UCGAGUGUAGGUUUUGUUUCCGUUCGACAAAUGACAAGCAUCAGAGAGACAAGCGAACCGACAUAUUUUGUUAUUUGUUGUUUGUCUACGUUGAUGAUCCUUAUUUAGCUGUAUAGUUUAUCGAGCACCUUCGGAUGAAUGGCUACAACGGCAGCGAGAGCAGUGGCGGCAAUGGGGGGGCCGGCUUCUUUGUCCCGGUUCAGGGGUGCUCUGGUCGCGGCAGUGCUGGGCGACUGUGUCGGGGGAGAGUUUGAGGGAGCGGAGGAGGUUCCCAUCGAGAAUGUAUUGCAGCACAUGAACAGUCUGGACGACGAGACGAAAGGGAUCGGCACCCUGGAGUAUAGUGACGACACAGCCAUGACACGUUGUGUGGUCCAGUCUCUGCUGACCCGGUCUGGCUUUAAUGAGCAGGACAUGGCUCGCAGGUUUGCGAAGGAGUACAGUUUGUCCCCGGGUCGUGGUUACGGCUCUGGAGUCAUCCAUGUGUUGAAGAAACUGGCGUCCCCUCAGCUCACUGACGUGUACCAGCCAGCCAAGGACCAGUUUAACGGUCGAGGCUCUUUUGGCAAUGGAGGAGCAAUGAGAGCGGCCCCCUUUGCGCUGGCUUUCCCUGAUCCAGCUGAUGUUAAAAAGUUUGCUCGUCUGGGUGCCAUGCUCACCCAUUCCUGUUCUCUGGGCUACAACGGGGCAGUGCUGCAAGCAUUAGCUGUCCACCUCGCCCUGCAGGGUGCCUUGGACCUGCCUCAGAAGUUUAUCAACACACUGAUCACCGAGAUGGAGGAAUUUGAAUGUGAUGAGGUGGCACGGAAUGAUGCCAGAAUCCUGAAGGAAGCAGAAAAGCCGUUCUGUGACCGCCUUCAUCGAGUCAGAGACUUGAUGGACAGGAACAAGGUCACUAUAGAGGAGGUCAUCUCGGAGCUAGGUAAUGGCAUCGCAGCACUUCAGUCAGUCCCAACUGCCAUCUUCUGCGUUCUUCACUGCUUGCAGCCAAGGGAACACCUUCCAGAAAACUAUGGCGGCUUGGAACGGACAAUAGCGUACAGCCUUGCCCUGGGCGGCGACACAGACACUAUAGCCUGCAUGGCGGGGGCCAUCGCCGGCGCACACUACGGCAUUGAGGUCAUUCCCCAAACGUGGAUCCGAUGCUGCGAGGGCGCCGACGAUGCUGACGUGGAUGCAAAGCGACUUCACGUGUUGUACCACCAGACCAGAUCAGGUGAUCAGAGCAAUGAAGACCCUUCAGGAACAAAACGGUCUGUCUUCAAACGGCACCACCAAGUAAACCCAAACCAAUAAGUGCACCUGGAAUGUAUUCACAGCGUUUUACUCUUUCCAUGUUAAUUUAUUAAAAAUAAAAAAAUAAAAAAGCACAUGUACAUAAGUGUAUUCACAGCAUUUGCUCAAAACUCUGUUGAUGCAUGUUUGGCAUCAAUUACAGCCUCAAGUUUUUUAAAAAUAUGAUGCCACAAGCUUGGCACACCUAUUUUUAGGCAGUUUUGUCCAUUCUUCUUCACAGCACCUGUCAAGCUCCAUCAGGUUAGAUGGGAAACCUUGGUUUUCGUCUAGGUUUUCUCUGUACAAUGCUGCAUUCAUCUUAGUCUAGUCAGGGAGGUGACCAAGAACCUGAUGGUCACUGUCAGAACUACAGCAUUCCUCUAUGGAGAGGAGAACCUUCCAGAAAGACAACCAUCUCUGUAGCAAUCCACCACUUCGGCCUCUAUGGUAUAGUGCCCAGACGGAAGCCAUUUCUUUGUAAAAGGUUUGCUAAAAUGCACCCGAAAGACUCUCAGACCAUGACAAACAAAAUUCUCUAGUCUGAUGAGACAAAGCUUGAAAUCUUUGGCAUGAAUCAUCACCAGGCCAAUCCCAUCUCGACAGUGAAGAAUGGUGGCUGUAGCCUCGUGCUGUGGGGAUGUUUUUCAUCAGCAGGAUCUGAAAAACUUCAUGGUAGAGGGAAAGAUGAAUGCAGCAAUAUAUAGAGACAACCUGGAUGAAAACCUAUGCUUCUUAUCCAACCUAAUGGAGCUUGAGAGGUGCUUCAAAGAAGAAUGGGUGGAACUGCCCAAAUAUAGGUGUGCCAAGCUUGUGGCAUCAUAGUAAAAAAAGACUUGAGGCUUUAAUUGCUGCCAAACGUGUAUCAACAAAGUAUUGAGCAAAAGCUGUUAUUUUUAAUCCAACUUUUUUUUACUUUUUUAAAGAGACAGAAAAAAAGUGCAAGUCGAAACAGUACAAUUUUCAAGUCAGUGAAUACUUCACACCCUUACCCCUAAAACCACCUACCCACCCCACUCAGGUCAAACCAACCAGGGACACAUGGCACAAACAAACAAGUAAGAUGACAAAAACAGACACACACACACACACACACACACACACACACCUAUACAAAGCCAGAAACAGACAGAGACUGAAAGGAGAGAGAAAGGGAGAAAUAGAGGCUGUUAUUUUUAAUAAAUUAUUCUUUUUUUUUUUUUCAUUUUAAAUUGGUCAUAUUGUCAUUAUAGGGUAUUGUGUGUAGAAUUUUGAUGACAAAAUCAUUAUUUCCAUUUUGGAACAAAGCUGUAAUAUAACAAAGUGGAAAAAGCGAAGCGCUGUGAAUAAAAUCCGGAUGCACUGGAAGUUUCGCAAAUACAUUCAAAAACUGGACUGUUUUUUUUUUUUACGGUUACCUCACAAACAAUAAUGACUAAUAAUUCGGCUUACAACAAAAAAACAUUUCUGUAUAACAGGCUCCUAUGAAAUUUGGCUCAAUGAACUAGAAUAACAAUCACGCAGAAAUAUGUAUGGUACAUAUUCUUUCCCCAACCUUGCCUAUUUGUGCUGAACAAUCCAUGAACUUAGUUUUUUUCAUUUGAUUAUAAUCAUUUUUUGAAUUAAAAAUAUUAUGUCCAAAGUGUAGCACAGGGAGUGUUUUUCAGCCAGCAUUUUUUUUUUUACUGGCAUAUUGUCAAAUAAAAGUCACUGUUGAUGAUG